AUGUCUGACAGAAAGCAGGAGGGUCCUGGUGCCAGGGAGCCAGCCUGCAUGCUGUGUCGCCGUGCCGAGGCUGACCCGGACAUGUGUGGUGACAAACUGCAGAAGGGUGGGCUCUGUGCCCACGUGUUCUGCAUGUUCUUCGCCACUCUACUAUUUCAGCAAGAGACGGACCGCAGGGGACUCAUGGACUUUCUCCCUCGAGAUCUCCUAAUUGCAGUGCGGCGGGCGGCACAGAAGCGCUGCUGCGUCUGCGGCCAGAGCGGGGCAACCAUCAUGUGCUGCAUGGAGAACUGUGACAGAUGGUUCCACUUGCCCUGUUCCAAGGAGGGCGGCUGUGUCAAUCUAUACGUUACUCCGUUCAGCUCUUUCUGCCCUGAGCACCGUCCAGAGCAGGAGGUGGAGGCGACUCCUGAGCCGGACACCGUUUGCCCCAUCUGCAUGGAACCUGUGGAGGACAGAAAGACCUUCACAACAUUGGUGUGCCCAACGUGCAAAAAGGCCUGGUUCCACAGGGACUGCAUCCAGGGACAGGCCUUGCGCACUGGUGCUUUCUAUUUCCAGUGCCCCCUGUGCAGAGACAGUGGGGAAUUCCCUGUUGAAAUGUUCAUCUUGGGGAUCCGAGUCCCCUUCAGACAGCCAACGUGGGAGGACAACGAUGCCUUCGCAGAUCUAGGAGUGAGGCACGGCCAAUGCAAUGCCAGGGAUUGCCUUUACCCUGGGGGCAGGGAGGAGGCAGAGGAACAGGGGCCCUGGCAAUUGCUCCUGUGCUCCUCCUGUGCUGCUGAGGGCACCCACAGGCGCUGCUCUGGCCUGAGGAACAGCACACACAUAUGGGAGUGUGACAGCUGUGCUGGGCUCAGAACAUACGGGCAGCCACAGCAGGCCCCAACACGCAGCAUGGCAGCAGGCGCUGCCAUCUUCCUCACUGGACACCAGCAGCAUCAGCAGAUCAAGGGCAACACGCAGCACGUCCCCUGA